AUGGUAUAUGAAAUUUUUACUGGUAGCGAUAAUAUAGCUUUAUUUGACCGUGGAGUUAAAGAUACAAUCAAAGCUACCAUGGAAGGUUUCAAUGUUUUUGCAUAUGGACAAACAUCAUCUGGCAAAACUUUCGUAAGUAACAAGAGUCAACCUGGCGUGAUUAAGCAAGCCGUAGAUACCGUUUUUUCAUAUAUCAGAAAUCGCAAUGAAAAAGAAUUUCUACUCAGAGUAUCAUAUAUGGAAAUAUACAACGAAAAAAUAAAUGAUUUACUUGCCCCUGUUAAUAAGGAUCUUAAAAUUCAUGAGGACAAACUUCAUGGCAUUCAUAUUCCUAGUCUCUCAGAGGUUGUAGUCACAAAACCUUCAGAAGUCAUGAAGGAGAUUUCGCGGGGCGAAUUAAAUCGUCAUACAGGUUCAACAAAUUGGAACGAAAGAAGCAGCCGUUCACACACGCUAUUCAGAAUGGUGGUGGAAAGUUCUUCAAAAGAUUCUACACCGCGCCGAUUUUCACCAUCAUCCUCACAUAAGGCAUCAGGGUCUGUUUCUGUUUCUAAUUUAAUUGACUUGGCUGGGUCAGAAAAGGCAGCAAGUGAUGUUGAAAGAAGAAAAGAGGGAGCUUUUAUAAAUAAAAGUUUACUGACCCUUGGUAAUGUUAUAUCAAAAUUGACCGAUGGCUCUGGUGGACACAUACCUUUUAGAGAUUCAAAAUUAACAAGAAUUCUUCAAAAUUCUCUUAUUGGGAACGCAAGAAUUUCUGUCAUUUGUACAAUUUCUCCAUCUUCCGAGAAUAUAGAUGAAUCAGUUAAUACUCUUAAAUUUGCCUCUCGUGUCAAAGAACUCAUUGAUGAUAAAGCCUUAAUUAAGAAAUAUCGUAUGGAAAUUGAAGAAUUAAAGGCACAACUUGAAAAAACUGGUACUUAUAAAGAAGAGGAAAUUUCUGUGAUGUUGCAACAAGAAAGAGCUAAAUACGAAGAAAAGUUUGUGGAGAUGGAGCUUGUUAGAACUGCGUUAAAGAAGAGAAUAGAUGACCUAACAAGUUUGAUUUUAAAUAGUACUUCAUUUGCUCCUUCAUCAUCACGAAAACCAUCUAGUGAUUCUGUUGUAGUUCCAGCAAUUGAUUCAAGGAUUGAUGAGUUUGAAAUGUUAAUUGAAGAAAAAAAUUCAAAGAUUGAUUCGUUAACCUCUGAGAUUUCUGAAAAAAAUAAACUAAUCGAAGGUUUGAAAAGACAGUUAGAAACAUCAAAGAAUGCUAACAACUCAGACUUACAAUUGACAUUGACAGAACUUGAUGAAAAACUAAAAGACAAAGAUGAUGAAUUGAUGUCGUAUCGUAACUUGGUAGAAGAAUUAGAAAUAAUUGUCGAGGAGGACAAGAAGCUUAUUAAAGAGAAGGAUUCUAAGAUUCAGGAAUUAUCAAAGAUUAUUGAAGACGAUAAGAAAUUAAUUGAUGAGAAUAAUUUAAAGAUCAAAGAAUUAUCAUCAAAGAUUGAGGUAAAGAAUAUGACAAUUCAGGAAUUAUCAUCAGAGGUGGCAAAGAAAAAUAACGUUGUUGAGAAAAGAGACACAAAAAUCAAGGAAUUGUCAUCUGAAUUGACAAUUAGAGACGCAUCAAUAAGUGAAAGAAGCACUGAGAUCCAAGGAUUAGCACUUGAAAAGUCAAAAUUAAGUAAAAUUGUCGAUGAUGAUAAGAGAUUGUUACAAGCAUUGUCAUUGGAUAUGUCAAAGAAAAAUAAGACUAUAGAUGAAUUGAAAAAUCAUUACCGUGUAAAUACAAAGACAAUUAAAGAUCUUAAAGAACAGCUAUCAAAGAAGGACCAGGAAAUAAUAUUGUAUUAUAGACAAAAACAAGAUUUAGAGGAGAAAUUAGAGGUGCAAAGGGUUACUAAACAAAGAGGUGGGUCAAAUUACUUUAUUCCUUCAAAUAAAUUUUUAAUGGUUUUAUUGAGGAAGUUGUGA